GGCACCUCUCCGGGCCAGUGCCCUGAUUUUGUAGACAGAGAGGAGUUGUCCCCUGUCUCCUGCAACUCAUCAUCCUGGGGACAGAGUCCUCACCCGCACUCCCCUCCCCUCCACACUGCUGGCCAGAGGCCACCUGGUCAUCAGCAGAGAUGGAAAGGGUGGCCCAGGGCAAGAGACUCCACCUCUCUGGGCCCUUUCCUCCUCCUGAUGACCAGCUGCAGCAGAGCUCCUCUGCACCUUUUGGGGGGUGGGGUACACUGUACUUGAUGCGGGGAGACUAGGGCCGCUGCACUGUAGAAGCACUUCCUGCCCCCCCACACACACUGCAUCGCCUGCCUGAGCAGCCCCAUGCCCCAGAGGRGAAGGAAGAGGCAGGGGGCCCAGUUACUCCUCAGAGGACACCCAGUGGGACUCAGACUCAGGCAGGCAGUCUCCAGCCACGGCCCCCCACCACGGAAAGUGUCCACAGCAGGGGACACAACCAGCACUCCCUUGCCAGCCCUCGGCCCUGAUGCUCCGGAUCAGGCCUCCCUGGACCUCACGUUUCCCAUCUGAGAAAUGAAAGCCCUCCAACUCAUCUGAUUUCCCAGCAGUUUACGACUGUCCUGACCGGCCAGCUGGAACCCAGAGUCGGCUGGGGACAAAGGUGGYGGGCCCCUGCUAGCUCGGCCUGGCUCCUGGGCAAGGGAUUGCCAGCGCUCCCUGUCUGCUCCCCGCACUCCCCGUGAGCCUGGGUCUCCUCCUGAGGGCAGCACCCGGCCUGUCUUGCUCRCUGCGUGUCCAGGGCUGCUCUGUCCCACACACCUGGCCCACCAUGGGCCGGCUGUGCACCCUGGGCGGACCCCCGGCUCACUGAGCCUCGGUGUUCUUCUCUGUGCAAUGGGCUCAUGGUUCCUCCUCGUGGAGUUUUUCUGUGUCGACCAAUUUCACAGCAGAGGACACUGAGGGCCUGGCAGUGCCUGUGGGACCCAGGCUGGGUGACACCGGAGAAGAUGGAAACUCAGGGCCCCCUGCAGCGGCACGUGGGCCUCGUGGACCCGGCUCCCCUUUCAAACAGAAGCCGUCCAUACGUGCCCGCCCAGGGCUGCCGGAGCCUCAGCCYCUGUCCCCAGCAGAGCCACCUCCUGGCCCACAGCCCUGGCUCCCUCCAGGCUGCUGCCCACCGCUGGGUCGUGGGUCCUGGAACCCAGAGAGCAUCCGCACUGCCCACCGGCAGCGCCGCCUUGGGAGCAGAACAGCAGGCCACUCGAGUCUGCAGGAGACCAGAGGCCACCAGCCGGGAACCUCCAGGCGCAUCUCAGACUGGCAGCUGCCUGUGGCCGUGCCCUGGCCCGCGAGUCGCCUCCAGCUCCCAGCACUUGUCCCCAGGAGCCGUCUGCCGCCUCUCCCCCGGGCCAAGCCCGAGCAGGCUGGCCUGGCGCUGCCCCGGGCCCACGGGGCCGGGAGGUGGUUGGGGUCCAGUCCGCGCAAGGACGAGGGAGCCAGACUAUGCUGACCCCAGGUGCCUCCAGGCUCCGUCCCUCAUUCCGGGGAGCGGCUCGCCAACCCGGCCUCCWCCUGCCCCGGCUGCCCUCACCCCACGACCUGGCGCCCCUUCUGGCCAAGAAUGAAGAGAGCAGUUCUCUGCCACCCUCAGGAAGAGCCUCAGAUAUGCCAGGCCACGGGCAAAGAUGUCCCCUCCUUCCCGGGGAGAAGAAUGGAACCAUUAAUAAUAAUAAUAAUAAAG